AUGUUUUCUGACUAAAGCAUAGAGCUACUGUACUCAGACUAGGAUGACCAUAUUUUCCUUUUGCUAUGGUCGCCCUAACUACAAUACAUUUUAAAGAACCUUAAUCACAUUUAUGGACAUGUGUAAUACUGUCUGUUUCAAAACUACUUAUGUCAGGCAUCUUUUUUUUAAUGCUCAAAAUACAGUUAUACUAACACAAAGGCACAAGAACAUUCAGAGCAUGAACAAUAUCCGAGGACAAUGACAACAAUACAAAACAAAGAAAAAAAUAAAACAAUUAGAGGCCUUCCAACAAAUCGAAGUCCUCAGCUUGCUGUAAAAAUCUCCACUGCAAUUUUCUUCAUGUAGAUUUUGGGGCUCUUCAAAUCUGGCUCUCAGUUUCAAAUUCAGGCUGUGUUGUCAGUUCUACGUACUUACUUUAAUAAUUACUGAUUAUGAUUGGCUGCAGAGGCUUCACACCUGGCUCACAAGUAAAAGAAUGCUGGAAAAUCAGCAAUGCUCGGCCCUUAAGGACCAGGAUUGGAAUAACCCUGAUGCAUAUCAAUGCACCAAAAACGAGAAGUUCUCUGUGGAAAGUUGGGCGAGUUCUUAAAAAAGGACGCUUGACUUAUCUGUUCUUUAAUUUAACUAUUACCUCGUGGGACCGUGAACCCAAAGUAUCGAGCCCUCGUUUGUUUCAGCACGGAAGGUUUUGUUUGAAACUCACAGACGUUUACGUCACCUGUGUUUCGGAAAUUAUGGUCCGACCUUAAGAUGGCGGUGCCCAUGAGUAUGGGUGCGUUACUGUUGUCAGAAAUAGCAGAAGACCCACUGUACAAAGAUGAGGGCCUUUGUGUGCUGGGCAUCUUCGGGAAAAGCGCUAUGCUGCCUGACUCCGCAAAGGAGUCCCUCGUUAACGUCCUGGCGGAUAAGAAUAUUUUCCCUCUGUUCGGACCAGAUGAGGCAGACUGUCCGGCCGGCGGUAGCUUUAUCCAGGCGUAUUACAGCCAAGACAGUCGCGUCCUGUACCUGGUGCUCACUUCAGUGUAUGACAACCGGCAGCUUCUCCGAGCGUGUGAAACGCUGAGUACUGGGAUCGGACAUUCCGAAGCGCACGAUUUCUGGAAAGGGGCGGAAAAGCAGCACUGCUUACAGUUGCUGUACCUAUUCUCGUUGUGCCAUAUCCUUUUGCUGGUUCAUCCUACGUGCUCAUUUGAUGUUACCUAUGACAGACUAUUUCGUGCUCUGGAUGCUCUGCGGCAGAAAGUGCUGCCAUUGCUGCGCGCUGCUAUUAAGGACUGCUCGGUGUCCAAGGAAUGGAAGCUGAACUGUAGGCCAUGCCCUCCACGCCUGCUUUUCGUCUUCCAGAUGAACGGGGUGCUGAAAGUCAGCGGGGGUACUGGGUCGUCAGGAUUGAGCGGAAACGGCGCGGAUGCGCCCGGGGGAAGCUCCGAGAAGCCCAAAAAGCACUCGCCACGGAGGCGCCUGCAGCAUGCACUGGAGGACCAAAUUUAUAGGAUUUUCCGCAAGAGUCGAGUCCUCACCAAUCAAAGCAGUAACUGCCUUUUUACCGUUCCCGCAAACCAGGCAUUCGUGUACGUGAUUCCGGGGCCCGACGAAGAUCCGAUUGGUGCCUUGCUGGGGCAGCUGCGGGCGAAUUGCGCCCUGCGGGAAAAUGAUACGGGAGUUUCGGUGCCUGGGAACAGGCGUUACCAGCAGAUGCGCCACGCUGCCAGACAGCCUUCGUUCAAUGUGGAGAACAGCAGCCUCUCUACUGCCGGCGGACAGCUAGUGGACUGCACCCUGAAGGAGUUUCUGUGGCAGCACGUCGAUCUUGUGCUGACCAGGAAGGGUUUCGAUGACAGCGUGGGUCGCAAUCCUCAGCCCUCUCAUUUUGAGCUACCGACGUACUCGAAAUGGGCCCAGGUUGCAUUUAAACUCUAUCAAGUCUUGAUCGACAGCAACGAGGAAGAGUCUGCUGAGCUUGCCAUGAAACUGCAAGCUCAGAUGAAGGUGUUAGAGGGUUUCCUUGACGCAGACUCCAAGUUCUCCGAAAACAGGUGUCAGAAAGCGCUCCCGCUUGCGCACAGCGCGUACCAGUCCAACCUGCCCCAUAACUACACUACAACGGUACAUAAAAACCAACUGGCGCAGGCGCUGAGGGUUUACAGCCAGCACGCGCGUGGCGUGGCCUUCCAGCGCUAUGCAGUGCAGCUGCAUGAAGACUGCUACAAAUUCUGGAGUAACGGGCAUCAACUAUGUGAAGAACGGAGCCUCACAGAUCAACACUGUGUCCAUAAAUUCCACCUCUUGCCCAAGCAAGGGGAGAAGCCGGAGAUGGACCGGAACCCGCCCAUCCUUUACCACAACAGCAGGGGGCGCUCCACGAGCUCCUGUAACUGUGGCCGCAAGCAGGCCACUCGCGAGGAUCCUUUCGACAUCCAAGCGGCCAACUAUGACUUCUAUCAAAUGCUGGAGGAGAAGUGUUGUGGCAAACUGGAGAGGAUCCACUUCCCUGUUUUUCAGCCCAGCACGCCAGAUCCGGCCCCAGCGUCUAAUGAAGCUAACAAGCCCCUUGAGUCAGGGGCAUCUGGGGAAGGAGAGAGGCUAAAGGAGAAGGAGACUUUGGGACAUUCUCCUGGGGAGGGUACUAGCCUCAGCCUGGCCCUCAGCCUGGGACAUUCCACGGACAGCCUUGGGACGUAUGGGGAAGGGGCAGAGGGUCAAGAGAAAAGGCCCAGUCUAGUGGACAGACAGCCCUCCACCGUGGAGUAUCUCCCAGGCAUGAUGCACUCCGGUUGUCCCAAGGGUCUCUUACCCAAAUUUUCUAGUUGGUCUCUGGUAAAGCUGGGCCCAGCCAAGGCCUACAAUUGCCACACUGGUCUGGAGCAACCCGGCUUCCUCCCAGGCUCCGCCUUCUUGCUUCCUUGGGACAUCGUGAUUCGCUGCCGUUCGGAGGAGGAGCCGGGACUUUCCGAGCCUCUCGAUGGAGGCCCCUCCUCCUGGCCGGUGCCAAACAAAGCGUUGGCCGGGAAGCGAGGGGGAGUCAGUGGGCUGGGUCGGGGCCGCAGACGGGAUGAUGUGGCCCGUGCCUUCGUUGGCUUCGAAUAUGAAGAUGGUCGGGGGCGCCGUUUUCUAAGCGCCGGACCAGACAAGGUGGUGAAGGCUCUCGGCCCAGGCACCGUCAAAGAACCCGCCACGCGCGUUCUUAAUUCCGAUAUGCCCCUGUACAUCCCCUCUCCCGCCCAAGGCCGGGGCCUUAAGCCUCACUACGCCCAGCUAGCACGACUCUUCGUUGUCGUUCCUGACGCACCUCUAGACAUUAUUCUCAACCCACAGGUCCAGCCGGGACCCCCACCCUGCCCAGUGUUCCACCCAGAGCAGACUGAGCUGCUUCUGCCCCCAGACAGCUUCUGGGUGCUGCGCUUCCCGUACGCCUACGUGACAGACCGAGGGCCCUGCUACCCACCCAAGGAGAACCAGCCGCUGGCCAGCUACCGUGUUCUGAGAGGCGUCUUGCGUGCCAACACCGUCAGCCCCACACCCUAAUGGCCACAGCCUUCCGGGCAUCUGCCUUCCACUAUCGCUGGCACAACAAACAUGCAUCCCUGGGAGACCUACGGACAUCAGCUGUGUUGGGGGGUUUAAAUAGUUAAUUCCACUGUCUUUCCAGUUAGAAAAAAAUGUUUUUGCCCAAAUAGAACACAAACUCAGUGGACCUGUGCUUAUACUUUGUUGAAUUGGAAUUGAAUAAUUAUGAAAAAUAUCAUUGUGUGGACAAAAUUGCCACUACUGUUGUUUUGUGGGAGACAUUGGUUGAUUCUACACAGUGUGUACAUAUUCUCUAGUCCAUGACAUUAAGAAAAUUAAAUGCCAGUUUAUAUUUUAUCAUUGUCUUUAUUAUAAAAAAAUAAAGUAGCAAUUAUUAUUAUUAAUUAUUAAGGAUAGUAUGGGUUUUUGGUGAAUUUUUAGCACAUGUACAUUACUUUUGGAUUGUUUUAUGUGUUUAGAUUAAAACCCCUUGUUUGAAUUUACCAUGAUUUGUACAAUGCAUCUAUUUAUGGAUUGUCUUAUCUUCUGUUCUGCUUCCCUCUUAGUUACUUAGUGUCAUUAGGUGUUUCAUUUCCCAAAUUGCAACAGUGUUUCAUAUACAAAUGUGAUUCUGGAAACACAGCUCUCUCUAUUCGCACGAACUGAUGCUUGACACUUCAAAUGGAAUUUCGUAUGGAAUACGUUGUUACAAAAAAACAUGGGGUGUGCAUUGUGUAUUCCUGUUUGUGUGUAUGCAUAGCUAAUCUUUCCAUGGUUAUGGGUGUUUGUUUUAAUCACGUGACCCUCGAGCACAAGCUAGUCGUUCGUCCCAUUGC